UAGGUCGACAUUCGAGAGUCCAGAGUCGAGACUAAACGGCUAAACCUUCGAAAAGUUGUCAAACGGUAAUACUUUAUUACUAUAAGAAGAAGAACCCCCCUUAAUUCUCAAAUUGCGUCUCAUUUUCCGGCCUCAAUCUUUCAUCAUUGAUUUGCUUCUUCUACUGAAUCUUCUCUCUCUUUGUCAGUGUAAAAUAUGGCAGAAGAGUCGCCAUUGCCUUGUUCUGAUACCUCUCCUCUUUCUCACAAGCGAAGAAUCACUCUCUCUCCUCCUCCAUUGGAAGUCAAAUCCUCAGUUCUCGAAUUGGUUCCUGCUGAAACCCAAGAUACUCAUUCUCCCCCUGAACAAUCCCCAAAAAAGCCAAAGUUUUGUUCCCAGAAUCUCUCAAUUACUGUUGAUGAGGGUGGAAUUACUGAUGAAUUUCCUCAACUUUCAGAGAACAAUAAAGGUGAAGACUUCUCUGAAUUUGAGCAAUUGGGAAAUGAACAGUUGGACGUUAAUGGUUGGACCAAGUUCUCUGAAUUUGAAAUGGAAGAAAAGAAUGUUGGUUUUGAUGAGUUUCUUGGAAAUAAUGAUGGAACUAGUGUUUUAGAGACAGAAAGUUCCUGUGAAAUUGUGGGUUUUGAGAAAAAGGCCAAGAAUUUUGAUGGGUUGUUGCAAGAAUUGGGGAAGAGUGAAGAUUCAACAAGUUCACUGAAAAUUGAAUGGGAGAAAAUGAAUGAGGGUUUUGAGGGUAAGGAGGUAAAUGAUGAGUUUCUUGAAAUUAAAGAUGAAAUUGGUGUUUUAGAGAGAGAAAAUCACUGUGAAAUUGAGAAAAAGGGCAAGAAUUUUAAUGGGUUUUUGCCAAAAUCAGGGAAGAGUAAAGAUUCUUCAAGUUCACUGAAGAUUGAAGUGAUUGAUGGAACUGCAGUGCUUGAUGUUUCAAUGCUUGAAGGAAAGAGAAACAUAAGAAAGGGUAAAAAAGACAAUUCAAGAAAAACUGGUGUUGUUGCUGGUGCUUCAAAUGGGGGGAGAAGAAAGUCUAUUUACUCAAGGAAAGAUUUGGAAAUUUUGAAGUUUGUAAAUGUAAAAGGUCAGAAAAAGUUUUGGCAAAAGAUCUACAAUGGGUUUUCUGCGACUAUGAAGAAGGAAUAUGAUGAAGUGGGUUGUUUUAAGCAUCAUAAGAGAAACUGCAGUAAUGGAGGAGUUGCGGGUAAUUACUCAACUGUCCCUGACAAUUAUAGCAGAGGAAUUUUGGGAGAAUCUUGUUCAGGAAUUGUGAGUUGUGAUGCAGAAAUGAUUAAUACCUCAAAUCUUACUUGUGAUGGUGAGGAUGGUGAUGGUUUGGUGGAAGAGUGGAGUGAAAAUGAAGAGAGUGAUGAUGAAUAUGAGAGCAUUUAUAGACCUGCAUUUAAGGUUGAAGGUGAACCAGAUUUUGAAUCUGGGCCACCAGAAGAUGGAUUAGAAUACCUGAGGCGUGUCAGGUGGGAAGCUAAGCAGAUUCCAAAAGUCAAAACUGCAAAGCUUGAUAAUGUCAAACUCAAGGAUCAGAGUUUUUACAUGCCUGAAAUUCCUGAUAUCGAGGACUGCCCUCCACACCUUAUUCCGCUUAGGCAGUGGGAAGAUGAGUUCAUUUCUGAUUUUUCGGAGUUGAGGCUGGCUCUGUCACGUCUUGAGAAUACCAGUGAUGCUGUGGCAGACGAUUCAGAAACAGUCAUUUUUGCUUGCCAUGAACGCAAGUCUCAUCCGAAUGGAAACUUAGCAUCACUUAAGUUAACACCAGGGGCUCCGACAUUGUCUACAGUUUUAGCAAUGGACUCAGUAACUAGGGUUGCAAUGUUGAGAAAACGCAUAAGCAUGUUUGAGAAUUCAAGUGAUUUCUCAAGGGAUGAAUGUGCUUGGCUCUUUGCUCUUUGUGCAAUAGUUGAUACUCCCUUGGACGCUGAUACUUGUGCAUCUCUUCGUUGUUUGCUUCGUAGUUGUGGCAAGUUGCGCGCCAGAAAAUCUGAAGUUGAUGAUGAGGUUAUAAUGUUGAAUGUUUUGACAACAAUUUCUGGUAGAUUUUUUGGGCAGUCGGGCAAAAUGAUGUGAUAUGCUAAUGAAUUAUGAUUAGCUCACCAAAGUCAUAUGUUCUAUUUACUUAAUGUACGGUUUUGGCCUUUUGGGUAUAAUUUGAGUAUAUUCAUGUUAAUCCCAGUUUUAAUUCGAGUAUAUUCAUAUUCAUCCCAGUUUUUGUGUAAGUUAACUUUGUAUCCCAAUUUUGUGUAAGUUAACUUUUGUAUCCCAAUUUUGUGGA